UCUAUUCAAGUAAUCCUCGAACACAAGUCUAAUCGUUAAUCCUGACUACUCUGCUCGGUCAGUCAUGUCAUACAGAAAGAUGGAACAUAGAAUGACAAGGAUUAAUGGAUUCAACGACGAUGCAGUGACCGCUAAGGUUAAAUCUUUGUAGGUAUCACUGAUGAACACCUGUAGGCCUACACACGUUCUUCUUGUCUUUCCUUUUCCUCAAUGACGAUGGGUGACAUGACAUUCGAAGAACUGGAAGAUUUAGUACAUUUUUCAGUCCACGAUUUACCAGGUCGCGGGUAUGCAGUCAUGGAAGAAAUCCGACGGCAAGGGAAACUCUGUGAUGUGACCCUGAAGGUUGGUGAACACAAAUUCAGCGCUCACAGGAUAGUCCUGGCAGCUUCCAUUCCAUACUUCCACGCCAUGUUCACCAAUGACAUGGUGGAAUGUAAACAGGAUGAGAUUGUCAUGCAGGGAAUGGAUCCUAGUGCUCUUGAAGCUCUGAUAAAUUUUGCUUACAAUGGCCAUGUGGCAAUAGACCAGCAGAACGUCCAGGCCCUCUUAAUAGGGGCCAGUUUCCUACAGCUGCAGAAUGUCAAGGAUGCCUGUUGCUCUUUCCUUCAGGAGAGAUUGCACCCAAAAAACUGUUUGGGUGUGCGUCAGUUCGCAGAGACCAUGAUGUGCACCACGCUUUACGACGCUGCCAACAGCUUUGUGCACCAGCACUUUGUGGAGGUGUCCAUGUCAGAGGAGUUCCUGGGGCUCCGGCUGGAAGAGGUGCUGGAGCUGGUGGGCUGUGACGAGCUCAAUGUCAAAGCAGAGGAGCAGGUGUUCGAGGCAGUACUGGCGUGGGUGCGGCACGACAGGGAGGACAGAGAGGCUUAUCUCCCGGAGUUGCUGGCCAGGACGCGCCUGCCCCUGUGCCGGCCCCAGUUCCUGGCCGACCGCGUGCAACAGGAUGAACUGGUCCGCUGCUGUCACAAGUGCAGAGACCUAGUAGACGAAGCUAAAGAUUAUCACCUCAUGCCCGAGCGUCGCCCACACCUCCCAGCCUUUAAGACCCGACAGCGAUGCUGCACGUCCAUCGCUGGGCUCAUAUAUGCAGUGGGAGGGCUCAACAGCGCAGGAGACUCGUUAAAUGUGGUUGAGAUGUUUGACCCAAUCGGAAACUGUUGGGGGCGCUGCCAGCCAAUGGCCACAGCCCGAAGUCGAGUUGGAGUGGCUGUUGUAAAUGGGCUGCUUUAUGCCAUUGGUGGAUACGACGGCCAGUCACGGCUCAGCACAGUAGAAGUCUACAACCCAGAGACCGACACGUGGAGCCGAGUGUCUAGUAUGAAUAGUCAACGCAGUGCAAUGGGAACAGUUGUGGUAGAUGGACACAUAUAUGUUUGUGGAGGCUAUGAUGGCAAAUCCUCGUUAAAUUCUGUAGAAUGCUAUGCACCUGAGAGUGACCGGUGGACACUGGUGACCGAGAUGAGCGCGAGUCGCAGUGCUGCUGGAGUGACUGUUUUUGAUGGGAGGAUAUUCGUAUCUGGUGGCCAUGAUGGCCUACAGAUCUUCAACACGGUGGAGUACUACAACCAGCACACAGCCCUGUGGCACCCUGUGGCGGCCAUGAUGAACAAACGAUGUCGGCACGGCGCGGCGGCCCUGGGCAGCCAGCUCUACGUGGUGGGGGGCUACGACGGCUCCGGCUUCCUGAUGGGAGCGGAGGUGUACAGCUCGGUGGCGGACCAGUGGAGUCAUCUGGUGCCCAUGAACACGCGCCGCAGCCGCGUCUCGCUGGUGGCCAACUGCGGCCGGCUCUACGCCGUGGGCGGCUACGACGGCCAGUCCAACCUGAACUCGGUGGAGAUGUACGACCCCGAGACCAACCGCUGGACGUUCAUGGCGCCCAUGGUGUGCCACGAGGGCGGGGUGGGGGUCGGCUGUAUACCUCUCAAGCCUGCUUAGCCCCGUCAAGUACCAAUUCUCACCUACAAUUUGUAUCGUUUUUGUUUUAUCAUUAAUUUUCUUUUUUUUUUUUUCUAAUGGGUGAUAGGACUUCCAAAAAUGCAUUCAUGAUUCAUGUUUUGCAUCUUAGGUACUACACUCUCGAGGCUUUACAACUGACUGUAUAAGCCUGGCAAACUCACUGAGCCUCAGCCAGGAGAGCCCAGUGGCAACGUCCUGAUGGGAUCUUUCACAGAACAUACACUUGUACAUGUUUUUAACCAGGACGUGGUACGCUUUCAGUGGGAAAGCAUUUCAUUAUUUGUGUCCCUCCCGAGAGGGUCUCUUUGAAGAGAGAACAGAAGAGGAGAGAUGAAGGGAGAAGUGGAAAGAAGGGCCUAUAUUUGAUUAGACUAAACCAGUGAGCGGGAGAGAGGGCUUUUGACUAGACUAAACCAGUGAGCGGGAGAGAGGGGUUUUGACUAGACUAAACCAGUGAGCGGGAGAGAGGGGUUUUGACUAGACUAAACCAGUGAGCGGGCGAGAGGGGUUUUGACUAGACUAAACCAGUGAGCGGGAGAGAGGGGUUUUGACUAGACUAAACCAGUGAGAGGGAGAGAGGGGUUUUGGGAGAGACAGGAGUCUGAGAAUGUAUAUGGUCUAGUGGCUUGACAGUUGUCCACAAUAUCACGGGCAUGUGAAUUUGACACAUUCGACAUUCAUAAGACGUGUAGGUGAGAGAUCCCGGGCAUUCCAUAAUGAUUAUCUACAGUGAACAUUCAAAGCUGCUUAGCGUAGGCCAACCUGUCCACUGUGCCCUUAGCCAGAAACGGAUCCUCACGUACUCUGUUUCAGUGAACACACUGUGUGUGUGUUUUUGUGUGUAUGUGUGUGUCAGUGUGUGUGUGUCAGUGUGUCAGAGAGUGAGUGAGUGAAUGUGUUUGUUUGUGUCUACCUAUCCUGUAUUUUUGUGAGUGGGAGAAUGGGCGCUUAACUGGAAGCUUAAUUGUGUUUUUAAUAGGGAAGAGUAAAACCACUGAGGGUUGCUUUCAUGCAAAUCUAUUAUUUAUUGUUGGGAGAUCUGGAUCAUGUUUCAACGGUGUACAAUCACCACAGUGACAGUCAUGACAGUGUUCAAUAACUUGUGUUAUUGAUAUAUCAUUGGUGGUCUCAUAUCAAUGCUAUGGGACUGAAUGCAGAAGUCAACCUAUAAGAAAAUGAGAAACAGUUGUCACGUCCACUUUACGUGCCAUGUUCAAACUGUUGAAAUAUUUUUGGGGAAAUGAUGAGUCCACCACUGAUAUAAAAUAUUAAUCAUGAGUCAUUUGCCCUGUUCAUUAGUCGUGAAAAAAAAUCUAUGACGGCCUUUCCACAUCUCCUCUUCCACAGCAAGGGCCAAUUCUAAAUCCAGUAUUGCGACCUGAAAGAAAGGUUUGCAUGUCUCAAAUGAUUUACCUCACAUGCGUUUGUUUGUCAGAUGGUAUGAGGGCUUAAUGGAUUCACUUGAUACCAAAAAGAAGAGGAGUGUGGAGCAAGCCUGAUGAGCUAUUCUUGAAACAUUACUGAACAGGCUGGGAGUGUUUCAUAUAACUUGUGCUUAUAGUUGUGGCUCAAAGCGAGAGUUUUGAGAGCAACUGAAUGAAUGAAAACUGCUCUGCUUCCUAGAUUCAUUCCCCAUACAUUUUCUUUCUAUACAUUUUCUUGAGAGGAACAGCAACAUGAAAUUGUGGGAUAAUGUACUGUGAAUUUUGAAUACAGAUAAUUUUUUGCCAUCUGUGUUUUUUUCUGCUGAUAUUAUUGUAAGAUGUUUUUUUUUGUAUUAACUUCCAGUCCUGGCGUAGUAUUUGUACUACCCUAGGUUUUUGGUACUGGACCAUAGAUUUUAUUUAUUAUUUGUUGUACUUUUCUUUAUAUGGUUUUGCACAUAAUGGUUUGAAAAAAGUAACUCUUUCAUAUUUUAAUAUUGCUUAUAAUUAUUGCUUUUUCUAAUCUUGAGGACUGUCUUGAUCAGUGGACUUGGUGAUUCUCACCUUUCACUUCUUUCUUUCUUACAUCCGUCAUGUUGUCUUAAGCUACCUCUGUUCUGAGAUGGGAGGUCAUGUUCGGGGAAAUUUGCCUGCUAAAAUCAAAACCGAAAUUCCUCAGCCAGGUUUUACUGACACAAUUAAGGCAUCUUUCCUUGACGUCUGUUCUUAAAUCAUGGUGUGUUGAAGGAAAAUUAAAAUGUCACAUUUUGUUCUCGGUUCCUCUACACUCAGAUGGACUGUGCGUCAUGUACAAAAAAAAAAGAAAGAAAAUGCCUUGUCAAAAAAUAAUAAACUAAAUAGUUAAUGUU